CGCGGCUCCCCGCCAUGGAGCAACGGGCGUACUACCUCUGCCUCUUCUUGGCUCUCCUCCUCCCUCUCCUGCUCCUCAAGCUCAACAGCAAGCAUCACGGCGUGCGUCUGCCACCUGGCCCAUGGCGGCUGCCGGUCAUCGGCAGCCUGCACCACCUCGCCGGUAACCCGCUCGUGCACCGUGUCAUGGCCGACCUUGCGCGUCGGCUGGACGCGCCGCUCAUGUACCUCAAGCUCGGCGAGGUGCCGGUCGUGGUGGCCACGUCCCCGGAGGCCGCCCGCGAGAUCAUGCGGACGCACGACGUCGUCUUCGCGACGCGGCCGUGGAGCCCCACCAUGAAGAUCAUGAACUCCGAAGGGGAAGGGCUGGUAUUCGCACGCUACGGCACCCCGUGGCGGCAGCUCCGCAAGAUCUGCAUCCUGGAGCUUCUCAGUGCGCGCCGUGUGCAGUCGUUCCGCCACAUCAGGGAGGACGAGGCCGGCCGCCUCGUGGCCGCCGUCGCGGCGGUGCCGCCCGGGGAGCCCGUGAACGUGAGCGAGCGGAUCGCCGUGCUCAUCACCGACUCGGCGGUGCGCGCCAUGAUCGGGGACAGGUUCAAGAGGCGGGAGGAGUUCUUGCAGACGCUCGAGGAAGGGGUCAAGCUCGCCACCGGGUUCAACCUUGGCGACUUGUUCCCGUCGUCGUGGCUCGCCAACUUCAUCAGCGGCACGGCACGGCUGGCGGAGGAGAACCACCGCAAGAGCUACGAGCUCAUGGAGUACGCAAUCAAGCAACACGAGGAGCAGAGGGCUGCCGCCUCGGCGAACGGCGACGUGGAGGAAGGAGAGGACCUGGUGGGCGCGCUCUUGAGGAUCCGCAAGGAAGGUGGCCUCGACGUGCCUCUUACCAUGGGAAUGGUCAAAGGAGUCAUACUUGAUUUAUUUGGCGCUGGGAGCGAGACAUCAGCUACCACGCUUCAAUGGGCCAUGUCAGAGCUCAUGAGGAACCCAAAUGUGAUGUGGAAAGCACAAGCUGAAGUACGCGACAACCUCCAAGAAAAGCCUAAAGUGACCGAGGAUGACUUGAUCAAUCUCAAGUACCUCAAACUCGUCAUCAAGGAGACAAUGAGGUUGCAUCCGGCCGCACCAUUGCUUCUCCCUAGGGAGGCCAGGGAGCCUUGCAAAAUCCUCGGGUACGAUGUACCCAAAGGUACCACGGUAUUGGUGAAUGCGUGGGCGAUCGGCAGAGACCCAAAACAUUGGGAAGACCCUGAGGAGUUCAAACCAGAGAGGUUCGAGUCUCACACGGUGGACUUCAAAGGCACAGACUUUGAAUACAUACCGUUUGGGGCAGGUCGGAGGAUGUGCCCUGGAAUGACGUUUGCUCAAGCCAGCAUGGAGAUCGUGCUUGCUGCACUGCUCUACCACUUUGAUUGGGAGCUCCCGAGUGGGGUGAAGCCUGAUGGGUUGGACAUGACAGAGAAGAUGGGCGUCACUGUCCGGAGGAAGAAUGAUCUCAAUUUACAUCACAUUGUCCGUGUGCCUCCGAUUUGAUUUGCACUCGCAUUAAUAUGUGAAGAUGAAUUCUCGUCUACUAUGCCUUCUAUAUAUGUGCCUUUCUCGAACGUGGAGGCGUGUGAAUAAGUAUUGUUAAUUACUAUAUCACUACUAAUUAAGAGUGAA